AUGGACUACCGUUCUUCAAUAGUAGAUGACGAGCACCCGGCCGGCCCAUCCCCUUGGGGAUCAUCGUCGCCCUCGGCCUCGCCGCGCCGCAACGACUCAUCCUUCGGCGCUCUAGGCAGCGACCAUCAACCCUCCUCUCCAUAUCAAUACGCAGUUCACGAUCCCAGCAACGGCUUCGCGCAAGAAGACCCAGGCGUCAAUGCUUUCAGACGGCCAGGCACCGCCAGCAGCACCGCCUCUACACCGGCGUACGACUCCUCAGAACAGCCCGCGCCCUCGCAGCAAUCUGACGCCGGAGCCGAGACAGAGCAGCAGCCGCCGAGCACGCCGCAGCGAUCGCAGACACAAGGCCAGGCCGCCGGCGAAAGCCCGCGAGAACAGCAGCCUCAACGGCCAAGGGGGCCUCAAUACAAGCUACAGGCAAAGAUCACUGGAUUAGAGCGAACGGGUCGCAAAGAUCCCAUUCUGAGAUUUGACGUCCACACAAAUAUACCUAAAUUCCGAACUACCCAAUUCCGCGAUGUCCGUCGUUUACAUUCUGAAUUCGUCAAACUUGCCGAGCAUUUGAUAUCCGCCAACCCCGAUGCGUUUGUGCCCGCAGUUCCGCCGUCGGUGACAUCCGCAGGCGCCGGGACUGACGAAGAUGAGACAAGGGUUAAGGCCCUCCUACAGAGAUGGUUUAAUUACGUAUGCGGCAAUGAAGUCCUCAUGAGAGACGACGAGAUGGUUUUAUUCGUUGAGAGCGAUUUUGGUUAUAGCCCUAUGGUCAAGAAGAAGCAGCCAGCGACGGGUGUGCGGAGGAAGUUAUUGAAACAAUUUGCACCGCCGCCUGACGACACGCCGGAGCUGUCCGAAGCGCGUCCCAUAGUGAAACUAUUCUAUUUAGGUUCAAUGGAUGCAGGGCACAAGGUCGAUCGCCUUGUCAAGUCUCGCAGAGGAUUGGGAUUGUCGGAGUCCGAUUUCGGUGUCAAACUUGGUGCGAUGAAUGUCCAAGAGCCGCAUCAGGGCCUGGCGAACGCGUACCGGAAGCUCGGCAAAAUUGUACAAACUGUGGGUGAUUAUCACGCAGCCCAGGCUACUGCCGAAGCAACGACACUUGGCGAUCCGUUCCAGUAUCAUUCACAGGAUGCAUUUAUCGUCAAGGAGACUCUAACGAACAGACAACUUCUGAUCCGCGAGUUCUUGCAAGCCCAGGAGAGUACGCGGAGCAAGCUCAACGCGGCCGACAGGUUGAGAGCUAACUCAACUGUGCGGCGCGAAAAGGUUGACGAGGCGAUAGCCGCUCUAGACGAAGCAAGAAAUUCCGAGAUGGAAUUGGCGCACAAAACCUCGAGGGUGACGCAGAAUCUGGUGCAAGAACGCCGCAAGUGGUUUGCGAGAACUGCCUCCGACUUACGCCUUAGCAUUCGAGAGUUCGUAACUCGCGAGAUCGAGGCCGAGAGACGUACCCUCGCACUCCUAGAGAGCGUUCGGCCCGAUAUCAGAGCUAUCGAUGCUUCAGGCGGUCUAAGUAGACUGGGACGAGAAGCACACCCAACAGUAAGGCGAUCAAGCCUUGCAGCCAGCCAAGGUCCAAAAGGCGAUGCGUGGAGCGGUGUCCCCCGCCGCACGGAUAGGAGCAUGUCGGGGAGCUUCAUGUCCAAUGUCGCCGAGGAUGACGAUGGCGAGAACGGGCAACGCCCAGGAUCCAGGUCGCUCAGCGGCAGCGGGAUCAGUACGGGAUUGCCCGGUCUGACGGAGGAGGAUGACGAAGACCGUGUGGAUGCCAGGAACGCUGCGAGUCGAUUGGCAACGAGCACAUUUUAA